AUGGAGGUUUUCAUAAACAAGUGUAGUUCAUGUUCGGUACCUAGAUUCGAUACUAAGCUCAGAUUCACACUCGUUGUUUUCGAGAUUGGAUUGAUAUUGUUAUGCUUUCAAGCUAUUAAUGCUGAAAGCCAUGACCACCAGUUGCAACGGCAAAGUGCAGAAAGGGGAAGUGAAAAUAUUAGAUCACAUUCAUGCAUUCAUGACCAGAUAAUUGAAGAGAGGAAAAGACCCGGUCGCCAGGUGUACUCUGUUACCCCACAGGUUUAUGGUCAGUCUGGUAAUUCAAAACCCCUUCAUCGCAAGGGGAGGGCAUUGCUUGGAAUUUCAGAAUCAUCUUUACAGCAAAAAGAUGUAAAGCAGCCAAUUAGGAUAUUUUUAAAUUAUGAUGCGGUUGGUCACUCACCUGAUAGAGAUUGUCGGAAAGUUGGUGACAUUGUGAAGCUAGGGGAGCCUCCAGUGGCUUCUCUUCCUGGUACUCCUUGCAAUCCCCAUGGUGAUCCUCCAAUUUAUGGUGAUUGCUGGUACAAUUGCACUGUGGAUGAUAUUUCUGGGGAGGACAAAAAACAUCGGCUUCACAAGGCACUUGGGCAGACAGCUGAUUGGUUCAGGAGAGCAUUGGCUGUUGAGCCUGUAAAAGGUAACUUGCGUUUAAGUGGAUACUCUGCAUGUGGGCAAGAUGGAGGCGUACAACUUCCACAUGGAUAUGUCGAAGAGGGUGUUGCUGAUGCGGACUUGGUUCUAUUGGUGACUACAAGACCUACCACUGGCAACACUCUUGCAUGGGCAGUGGCAUGUGAACGUGAUCAAUGGGGCCGUGCAAUUGCUGGACAUGUGAAUGUUGCCCCUCGCCAUUUGACAGCUGAAGCCGAGACUUUACUUUCCGCUACCCUCAUUCAUGAGGUUAUGCAUGUCCUUGGUUUUGAUCCUCAUGCCUUUGCCCAUUUCAGGGAUGACAGAAAGAGAAGGCGCAGUGAGGUCACUGAGCAACUGAUGGAUGAAAAGCUUGGCCGGAUGGUAACACGUGUUGUUCUUCCACGUGUUGUCAUGCACUCACGACAUCAUUAUGGGGCAUUCUCUGAAAAUUUUACUGGUUUAGAACUGGAAGAUGGGGGAGGACGUGGAACAUCAGGGUCACAUUGGGAAAAGAGGCUUCUGAUGAAUGAGAUAAUGACGGGAUCUGUGGAUACAAGAUCAGUAGUUUCAAAAAUGACACUAGCUUUAUUGGAGGAUAGUGGGUGGUACCAGGCUAACUAUAGUAUGGCAGAUUGUCUCGAUUGGGGUCGAAAUCAAGGAACUGAUUUUGUUACUUCCCCUUGCAACCUUUGGAAGGGGGCAUAUCAUUGCAACACUACCCAGUUGUCAGGCUGUACAUACAACAGGGAGGCAGAGGGUUAUUGCCCAAUUGUAAGUUACAGUGGGGAUCUCCCACAGUGGGCUCAGUACUUUCCGCAGGCAAAUAAAGGCGGGCAGUCCUCAUUGGCUGACUACUGUACUUAUUUUGUGGCAUACUCUGAUGGAUCGUGUACAGACACUAACAGUGCUAGAGCGCCAGAUAGAAUGUUAGGUGAAGUGCGAGGGAGUAACUCAAGGUGUAUGGCCUCAUCAUUAGUACGCACUGGUUUCGUCCGGGGUUCAAUGACCCAAGGAAAUGGUUGUUAUCAGCACAGAUGUGUCAAUAACUCUCUUGAGAUUGCUGUGGAUGGUAUUUGGAAAGUGUGUCCAGAAGCUGGAGGACCAAUUCAAUUCCCUGGCUUUAACGGUGAGCUUAUUUGUCCUGCUUACCCCGAGCUUUGUAGUACUGGUUCCGUUUCUGUACCUGGACAAUGCUCCAGUUCUUGUAAUUUUAAUGGAGACUGUGUAGAUGGAAAGUGUCACUGUUUCAUAGGAUUUCAUGGUCACGAUUGCAGUAAACGUUCCUGUCCUGGGAAUUGCAAUGGCCAGGGCAAAUGCCUUUCUAACGGGAUCUGUCAGUGUAAAAAUGGUUACACUGGCAUUGACUGUUCUACUGCUGUUUGCGAUGAACAAUGCAGCCUACAUGGUGGGGUCUGUGACAAUGGAGUUUGUGAAUUCCGUUGCUCAGACUAUGCAGGCUACACAUGCCAGAACAGCUCAACUCUUCUGUCCAGUCUUUCAGUUUGCAAAAAUGUACUGGAGAGUGACAUGUCUGGUCAACACUGUGCACCCAGUGAAUCAAGUAUACUUCAGCAGCUAGAAGAAGUUGUUGUCAUGCCCAACUAUCACCGAUUGUUCCCAGGUGGUGCCCGUAAGUUGUUUAAUAUCUUUGGCAGCAGUUACUGUGAUGCAGCUGCUAAGCGACUAGCCUGCUGGAUCUCUAUCCAAAAGUGUGACAAGGAGGGUGACAACAGGCUCCGGGUAUGCCAUUCAGCAUGCCAGUCCUAUAAUUUAGCUUGUGGAGCAUCACUCGACUGCUUGGACCAAACCCUCUUUAGCAGUGAGGAGGAGGGAGAGGGUCAAUGCACGGGCUCUGGUGAGAUGAAAGUGUCAUGGCUUAAUCGUCUGCGGAGUAGUUUGUUUUCAACUAAUGCUUCGUCCAGAGGAAUGUCUGUAAAAUAUAGGCAGCUGUAG